CCUCCUUGCUUGCUUAGUUAAUUGUACCCUCCCUGGUCCCAACCCCAUCUCAGCCAAGUUGUUCGCUCCAGCUCCCUAGUCGGUUGAUUAGUACUCCCUCCAUUUCAUAAUUUAUUUACUGGAAUCGUCGCUGAAAUGGAUGUAUUUAGAAUUAAAAUACAUCUAAAUAUAUCCAUACGUGCGAUAAGUAAUUCGGAACGAGGGAGUACUUGCCAAGUGUCUGACGAAUAACUUACUGGAUUUUCUGCUGCUGCUGGCUGGACGAUAUGUCUUGUGUCAACUCACUCUUGCUUCAUGUCUGCCUUCACAGUGUAAGUUCAUCCAUUGUUCGAUUGCUUGUCAGGUUCAUUAACUAUUCGAUUCGAUUUGUUUCUUCCGAUUAUUUAGCUCCAGGUCUUCUGCUGUUGCAGUUGGCUUGGUGGCCUUGCGUGUAUCUUCUCCACCAGCCUUCUCUUCCAAAUCCUGGUAAUUCAGCCACCCAUGUUCACUCACUCGCUUCACUUGCCUCUAAUUAUAGCUAGCUCCACUCCUCUCUUUAUUAAAUGGACUUUAAGCUUAUUACUUACGGACGAUGCCAAUCAUUUGUUUUAACUAGAGCGGAAAGGACUGCAAAUUCGGACUGAUAAUAGAGUUACGUGGGGCUCACAGCUCAGGUGGCGCGCCCCCUGGUGGCGCGCCGUGUGAGCUUGUGGCUCUCCCGUACAUUUUCUGGCCUCCUCCCGAAGCUUCUAGGGUCCCUUCUGGUCCACAAAAAACACUGUAAAGUUUCAUCGUGUUUGAACUUUGUUUGAUAUUGUUUUUCUAUGAAACAAUAAGAUAGGCAAAAACAUAAACUGGUACUAGGCACUGAGUUAAUAGGUUAGUUCCCAAAAAAAUAUAAAAUUGCAUAUAAAAGUAUUUAAGAUUAAUAAUAUAAUAGUAUGAAACGAUAAAAAAAUAUGUUGGAGACGUAUCAUGGUGCAGCACCGUGCCUGCUUCUCUCGUUUCCAGCCUGCCCCCGGCGACCGACAGCGCUCGAGGUCCGCAUCGAAGAUUGGAUUUUGCUUUUGAGGCACUGCUUCUAUUUGGGUAAAUCGAGAAAAACCCAAACCUGAGAUAUCGGGUACUCAAAAUGUCAGGUUUUUAUUUUUUCUUUUAAGACAAUUUGGGUCUGAGAUCUGAAAACCUGAAUAAAUAAAAUACGAAUAACCCGACCUAAAAUCUCGGGUAAACCCGAAUGCCCUCCAGGAGAAUAGCGAUUUGAAACUCCGCCCCUUGAGAAUCUUCAGGGUGAGGGUCAAUAAGAUUUUUAGAGACCGUCUCAGUGCGCUCGCUCAAGUUCGACUACAUCCUAGACGUCCGUCCGUCCACUUCCACUGUUUGCUCUACGGUGGAUGGCCAUCUUGUCUUGCACCAGAGUGCCCUUGUAUGUUCUGACCCCCCCCCCUCUCUCUCUCUCUCUCUCUCUCUCUCCCCAUCUGUAUGCCUAUGUGCUAUGCGUUUCUAUCUGGUUGUAUGCGAUUUAUCAUGUCAGCAAUCUUGCGAUGAUGUUAAUUUGGAUUAAGCUCAAACAAAUCUCCCUAAUUACCUAACAAAAUGUUGGGCGGGCGGGACAAAUGUGAGAGGACAAGUGCACCAAUUGUGAUGAUGACAGCAACAACUCCACUGCUCACGAGACAGGUGGAGAAUGGGAAUGAUCCAUCAAGCACAAGACAACUAGCGCCGUACCGCCAAAACCGUAAUUUGCUUUGCACGGGCACUAUCUUACAUGAAAAGACGAAAACAAUAUGAAGCAGCGGACCCAUGCAUGCCGGCCACACAAGCAAAUUGAGCGUCAGACAAGAAACAUGCAUCCCACGCUCUUCGUAAUAUAUUCUUGUGAUCGCAUGUCAGUCACGGGUGCCCCUACCCACCCACGCACGCACCCAGUUCAUAACAUAUACUACUAUUACAUCAUUGUUCUUCGUCCAAAACAAGGAAGCUCGAUUUGCGUGGUGCUCUGCCGACUGCCGCCCGCCCGCCGGAGACGACGAUGGCGAUGACCGUGCAAGUUGGCUUGGUGGCCUUGCGUGUAUCUUCUCCACCAGCCUUCUCUUCCAAAUCCUGGUACGGCCCUGCAGCAAUGGAGGAGUCUUCUUCUGCUCACAGUCGUCAACAAAGAUCCCAUCCAUUGUCAGCAAGAGAUACAGUACUGCCUACCACUUCCAGCCUCCCAAGAACUGGAUGAAUGGAUUGGCGACCCAUGGAAAUCUGCGACAACAAUAAAGAUCCAAGUGGACCAAUGUACUACAAUGGCAUCUACCAUGAGUUCUACCAGUAUAACCCCGAUGGCUCCAACAGUCCAAGUCUCUCCUAUAACAUAGUUUGCGGCCAUUCAGUUUCAACAGACCUUGUCAACUGGAUCGGUCUUGAACCCGUACUAGUACCGGAUACCCCAAGUGACAUAUGCGGUUGCUGGACCGGCUCAGCCACAAUUCUACCUGGUAAUCGACCGGCCAUCAUAUACACUGGUCUCAUCAACAUGGAGAAGCAUCAGGUCCAAAACAUUGCGCUUCCCAAAAACCAGUCUGAUCCGUACCUGAGGGAAUGGACCAAAGCAGGCAAUAACCCAGUGAUCCAACCGGUCAUGCCAGGCUUGAACUCGAGCCAGUUCAGGGAUCCGACAACCGGUUGGAUCGGACCAGAUGGACUAUGGAGAAUAGCAGUUGGUGCUGAUCUGAACGGCUCCAGUACUGCACUUCUGUACAAGAGUGAAGACUUCUUGAAUUGGACCAGAGUUGAACACCCAUUGUAUUCAUCCAAGUCCUUUGACAUGUGGGAGUGCCUGGAUUUCUUCGCGGUAUUGUCGGGAAGUAACGGUGGACUGGACAUGUCUUCAGCAAUCCCUAAUGGCGCCAAGCACGUCCUCAAAAUGGGCAUGGAUUACAGUGACAAGUACAUGAUUGGGGUUUAUGAUCUCAAACGUGAUGUCUUUGUGCCAGAUACUGUCAUAGAUGACUAUCGGCUAUGGCUGAGGAUCGACUAUGGCAAUUUCUAUGCUUCAAAAUCGUUCUUUGACUCCAAACAUGGAAGGAGGAUCAUAUGGGCUUGGAGCAACGAGACAGAUACUUCUUCAGAUGAUGUUGCAAAAGGCUGGGCAGGAAUCCAUUCAAUCCCCAGGACAAUUUGGUUAGACAGCGACGGCAAGCAGUUGUUGCAAUGGCCAGUUGAAGAGAUUGAGUCCCUUCGAAGAAAUGAAAUCAACCAUCAAGGACUAGAGCUGAACAAGGGAGACCUAUUUGAGAUUAAGGGAAUUGACACUUUGCAGGCUGAUGUCGAGAUAGAUUUUGAGCUGACAUCCAUCGAUGACGCGGAACCUUUUGAUCCUUCCUGGCUUUUAGACGCCCCGAAGCAGUGCCGGGAAGCUGAUGCAUCGGUUCAUGGUGGCAUAGGGCCAUUCGGACUUGUUAUUCUGGCCUCCGACAACAUGGAGGAGCACACUGAUGUGCACUUCAGGGUUUACAAAUCACAGCAAAACUACAUGAUCCUCAUGUGCACUGACCUAAGAAGGUCUUCCCUGAGACCAGGACUAUACACACCAGCCUAUGGAGGCUUCUUUGAACUUGACCUUGAAAAAGAAAGGAAAGUCUCUAUCAGAACUCUGAUUGAUCGGUCGGCAGUGGAGAGCUUUGGCGGCGGUGGCAGAGGCUGCAUCAUGGCUAGAGUUUACCCAGUGUCACUUGUCGACGACGACCACCAGCCCCACAUGUACUCCCUCAGUUCCAAAAUAGAUGACCCAACUUUGUACUAACUUUAGUACAAAGUUAGGUCAUCUAUUUUGGAACGGAGGGAGUAUGUCUUUAACAAUGGAAGCACCAUGGUCAGAGUGCCUCAGCUCAGGGCAUGGAGCAUGAAGAGAGCACAAGUGAGCGUUUAACACGGAAGAGCAGUUGUGUUUGACACGUGAUUAGAGGACCGCCUUAAAUCUAGUCAUUUGUUGAUUUCAGUAUUUGGCAUGGGUAUUUCAACUAGACGCCCAUGGAGUACUGUAUGAUUUAAAUUUGCAGAGAUUUGGAAUAAAUAAUACUCCUAUAUA